UCACACGGCAGGGGGAAAUGAGUUGUUUUAGCACUGGUGCUGCCCUUCAGGGGCCUGGUAAUGGCCUCCUUGGGUGGCUGCGGCCAGCGGGGCAAGCAGAUGCUGGGCUGAGGGGAGCUCUGCGGCCUUUCCCACCUGGGCCGCGCGGUGCUGCUGGGCCCGGUGGGUGCUAGCUGAGGGAGCAGAUUCGGUAGCCCCGUUCUGCAGCUGUCGAGCCCCUCCCCACUGCCCCAUAAAUGUCCCUGCUCGCCUCUCCUGAAGGCACACCAGUGCCCUUGUAAAGAGAAGGUGCCAUGGCCCCUCUCUCUGCUGUGGUGUGGGCAGCCUGGUGGCCCUCACUGCCUGUUGCUGCAGACGCAGAGGGGCAUAGGAAGCUUGGAGAGAAUUUGAAGGAGAGUGCUGGUGGGGUUUGUGAUGAGGGGAUGCUGAUGGCAGGAGCCUGAAGCCAGGGGGGUGGCUUUAGGCAUCGUGCUGUGUCCCACGCUGGAGUGCAGCUGCGUGGGGUUACCCAGCUGUGGGGGCACUGGGGAAGGCGGUCGUCCCAGUACUGGGACUGGUCAGACUUUAUUUUCUGAAGUUUAGGUGACGGUAGUGUUUGGUGCACAACGACCUGGGCUAUAGCUUAGACCCUCCUAGUUGUGUUUGGUGUCCUUCCCUUCUAACCCAGGGAACGCAGAGUCCGGGGAGAUAUGGUGGAUCUGUGUGCGUGUUUCUUUUAAUCCCUUCUUGUUGAAGAUUUAAAGGACGGAGCAGUAAUCGUGUAGGAGUAAUCAUAAAGAAAAAUGGAAAAAAAAUAAUUCCUACUAUAAAUUCUCUUUCAACUUGUGCUUAAAAUUUGUUACUUCAGGGCACUAAACACCUCCGCCAGCUGCAAACCACGGCACUGUGUGCAUGCUGGUGCACUAGUAUCCAGUUACUCCUCUCUUAGAUGUUGGUCUCUUUGUCCUCCCAAAGCUUGAAGAACUACAGAGUUCACAGAGGGAUCUUUCAUGAGCUAUGAGCAUUGCUUCCUCAUCAGCCCAAUAACUCUUUGUCUUGUCCUUCACCAGGUAGCUAAAUCUAUUUUUGAAGAUUGAAGUGGCAUUUCAUACUGGUGACCUACAGAGAAGACAAACGGCACUUUGUAGAAGAAAAUCUGUAAGACGGUAAAACAGAUAUGUAUAUACAAAAUGCCAUAUUUUGGCCUUAGUAAUUCUCCAUCUAAAUUCAGCAAAGUAUGAGACUUAACUCAGUAAAGACCAUGCUUCUAAUCACAGAGGUGUGGAUAAUACACAAUGAAAACAGCAAUGAAGAGCACGGUCAGCCCCCAAACCAAAACUGUACUUGUGAAAGUUUUAUCUGUGGGAAUCAGAAUUGAUCUGUGUACAUGGAUGGAAAUAAGCGUUUGCAAGAUCAACACCUUAAGUGGGUUCUACAGGAGGUAACAGCAGAGUAAGAAAGUCAGAUUUAAAGAUGUUGCCUAGUUUCACACUUUUAACAGCUACAACAGACUUCUCAGAUAAGGGAGAUAUUUAAGUCUUCCUUUUGAUAGGCUGAUUAUACCUAUAAAACACAUAGGGGAGGUUAAAUUAAAUGCAAGCUUUACUUUCAUGGAUUAGGGAAUUUGGCAGCGAAAUAAUUCACUGAGGAAAAUGCUAGAGCAUUCUUCAGGAAUUUACUUUGGGAAUGUAUGCUUCAGCCAUUGGAAAGAACUUUAAAUUGAAUGGUGGUAUCUUAAAAAUCCUUAACGAAUUGCAUAGUUGGAGAAAAGAGACUUUUUUUUUUUUUAAUUUUGUAUGGCUUUGUUAAUACACACCUUUAUUAUUAUCAUAGUAUGGACAGUUCUAACGUCAUUUCUUCACAGUUUAUUCCAACAUUUUGAUAAAGAGCGCAAAGAUCUUUCUUGGAAGAUGCAUCAAGAAAUACAGAAAAUGAGGGAAAUUUCCCUUGUUUACCUUGACAGAAGCGGUGGCCUUCAGAAAUUCGUGCAUGAUUGCAAAAAAUAUAAUGACUCAAAACAAAGUUAUGCUGUUUAUCGUUUCAUUAUUUCAAUAAAUCCUUCUGAUAUUGCUGAAUUAGAUGCAACUCUUGGAAACUACAUUCUUCAUAAUCCCAUACAAGCUGCACAGAUUUUUCAGUCAGUAUGUUUCAUAGCUAUUAAGACAUUAUCAUUAAUUGAACAAUUGCAGACAGAGGACCAGAUUAGCAUACUGCUGAAACCAACGCAUUUGCCACCUUUACCAAGUUAUCUUCUCAGUCUUUCUGCGUUUCCCUUUAAUUACACAUCUCAGAGAUUUUAUAUAUCUGAAGGAAUAGCGAUUGCAAUGGGAUGCGUAACAAAAUAUACCCAAGGAGCAAGAUUUCUUUGUACUGAGGAAACCUGUCCAUUUUCUGAAGGGUUUAGGUACAUAAGAGUGCAUAUGCCUGGAGCUACGGAAUCUGCCACAGUGAGGAAUGAUUUUGUGUGUAGUUUGUGUUCUUCACCACUGCAGGAAGACAUGAAAUUUAGAGUACUUGGUGAUAAACAAAUAGUUGAAAUGAUCGAUGCAAAAGUUCUCAAUGCUUUGAAAGGAUAUUCCAGUGAUAAAUCACAUUUCAGGAUUCAGACAUUUACAGUUUUCUUGAGAGAUGAACUCACCAAUAAAAUGAAAAUAGGAAACCACUACAAGAUUAUAGGAAUUCCAGCUUGUGUACAAAAUGGCUUACAAGCUACAGCAUGUAUAGAAGUCAAUAGCAUAGAGCUCUGUAAACCAAAUGGUCCUUCAUUUGUUGGUGACAAUUUUAAGUAUCUGCUCUCACUGACUUCAAGUUCAUGCUGGAGGUUUACUGCCAUCCUUGCCAAUAUCUUUGCUUCUCAAGUUGUCCCACCAGGCACUUACAAUACUCUUAAACUUGCAAUAUUGCUGAGUCUAGUACAGACAGGUGAAAAAGAAAAUGCAGAUUAUCUGGAUCUGUUGAUCGUGACAAGUGACACACUAGUAAUUGAUCGGCUUCUGAAUUACAGCAUAUGUCUUCUGCCUCGUGGUAUCCGACACCCACCUUCCAGUGAAAUUUUUCCUUCUGUGUCCAAAGAUAAACAUGGAACUGGAAGGGCCAGUAUUCACGCUUGCAGUGCUGUGCUGGCUAAGGGUGGUAUCUGUUACAUAGGAGACUUAUCUUCACAUAAAAAGGAUAAACUUGAACUUCUACAGUCUGUGCUAGAGAGCAGAACGACAAACGUGUUCAUUCCUGGGAAGAAGUAUGGAGAAGAAGCUGAUCAACAAGUUACUAUUUCAAUUCAGACCAAUUUUUGGUCUUUUGUAGAUGUGGAUUCUUCCUCAAAGAAACAUAUACAAAAGGAUAAUUUUUUAAUUGGACAGAUGGACUUGAGUUUGGUUCCACCUAAUCUUCUAGAUGUUUUUGGACUUUUGAUAUACAAUGAGUUUCCUUCGUGCCGACUGUCUUCUCCUGUCGUACAUCAUACCUUGAAAAAAGCCGUUAAUCCUGAAGCCAUGCUGUACAAAGUCUCACAGCAGUUCAGAAUGCAGGAUUAUGAGGAGUUUAUUUUGUUUGCUAAGAAUCUUCAUGUUGAACUGAGUUCAGAAGCAGAAAACCUCAUUCAGGGCUACUAUGUUGCAAGUCGCAGAGUGAGAAGAGAUUCUAUUCACGGAUCAACAUUGUCAACAUCUGCACUAAAAAUUCUGAUCUCACUGUCUAAGGCUCAUACUAAACUAAGUUUAAGAAAGAAAGUACUUGAGGAAGAUGCAUUGAUUGCCAUCUUGUUACUUGAAUCAUCUCUUACACUAAAACACGGCAAGUCUGCAUUAUGCAUAGCACCAAAUCCUGUAUUUCCAUUUGACCUCAGUGAUGAAAACUCCCUGCAACAGAGAGAUAGUUACCUCAUGCAGUGUCACCAUCAGCUGCUGAAGUUUAUUGGGGCAUAUGGCCCAGGAAUUCACAUUAACACUAAUGAAGAGUGAAAACGCCACUCUGUAAGUAAAACCUGAGGCUCCUACUUUAGCUUUUUGAGAGACUGCAGUUAGAAACAUACAACUAAGAAGGUUUUUAAUAUUUUUGUAAGACAGUUCAGUGAUGUUUUGCUAAGGAAUAAAGCAUGGUUGAAAAGAUUUAAUUACAAGUGCUGUUGAAGGGAGGAGUGACAUCUUCAUUGUGGGAGGCCAUGGCAUCAGAGUAAACCCACAACCUGAACUUCUCUUCCUGGUUACCGCUGUUCAUCCAGUUAAGUGACAGGAGUAAAGCAGGGUUUUUAGUGAGACUACAACUAACAAUUAAACCAUGAGUUUAGAGUCUAAUGUUUCAUUUCAACGACAUCACCUCUCUGCAGUUUUUCUUGUUGCUUCUUUUCAGAUGUGUCACCCACUGAGGGUUAAAUAGUUUUGAAGUACGUUAAAACUUUUAUCUAGUGUAAGCUAACUUUCUUAAAUUAUUACUCAUGUUCUGUAAAUUUUUAAGUGUAUAAAAGUAUCACUAUACUCCUUGAUGUUCUCUGUCUUUGUUUUACAUCACAGCAACAUAGUAUUAGACCAGGAUGGUGGUGUGCUCCUGCAAUCUGAAAAAAACACUCCAGUGU